AUGGAGGAGGAGUCGCGGCCGGCGGCGGGCGCCGGCGGAGGGACCACCCCGGUGCUGGAGGCGGCGCCUGCGGCGGCUCCGGCUCCCGCUCCCGCUCCGGCACCGAACCCGGCCACCGCGGCCUCGGGUCCGGCCCCCGGUUCCGGCUCCGAGCCGAAGAGGAGGCCGCUGGGGAGUCUGCUGCAGCCCACCGUCAACAAGUUCUCCCUCCGCGUGUUCGGAAGCCACAAGGCGGUGGAGAUCGAGCAGGAGCGGGUCAAGUCGGCGGGGGUCUGGAUCAUCCACCCCUACAGCGACUUCCGGUUUUACUGGGACCUGAUCAUGCUGCUCCUGAUGGUGGGGAACCUCAUUGUCCUGCCUGUGGGCAUCACGUUUUUCAAGGAGGAGAACUCCCCACCGUGGAUCGUCUUCAAUGUCCUCUCCGACACUUUCUUCCUGAUGGAUCUGGUGCUCAACUUCCGAACGGGCAUCGUGGUGGAGGAGGGGGCGGAGAUCUUGCUGGCGCCCAGCGCCAUCCGCACGCGCUACCUGCGCACCUGGUUCCUGGUGGACCUCAUCUCCUCCAUCCCGGUCGACUACAUCUUCCUCGUGGUGGAGCUGGAGCCCCGGCUGGACGCCGAGGUGUACAAAACGGCCCGGGCCCUGCGCAUCGUUCGCUUCACCAAGAUCCUCAGCCUGCUGCGGCUGCUCCGCCUCUCCCGUCUCAUCCGAUACAUUCACCAGUGGGAGGAGAUUUUUCACAUGACCUAUGACCUGGCCAGCGCGGUGGUCCGCAUCUUCAACCUCAUUGGGAUGAUGUUGCUGCUGUGUCACUGGGAUGGCUGUCUGCAGUUCCUGGUUCCCAUGCUGCAGGACUUCCCUUCCGACUGCUGGGUCUCCAUGAACCACAUGGUGAACCACUCGUGGGGCCGCCAGUAUUCCCACGCCCUGUUCAAGGCCAUGAGCCACAUGCUGUGCAUUGGCUACGGGCAGCAGGCUCCCGUGGGCAUGCCCGACGUCUGGCUCACCAUGCUCAGCAUGAUCGUGGGCGCCACGUGCUAUGCCAUGUUCAUCGGGCACGCCACGGCCCUCAUCCAGUCCCUGGACUCGUCCCGCCGUCAGUACCAGGAGAAGUACAAGCAGGUGGAGCAGUACAUGUCCUUCCACAAGCUGCCGGCCGACACGCGGCAGCGCAUCCACGAGUACUACGAGCACCGCUACCAGGGCAAGAUGUUCGACGAGGAGAGCAUCCUGGGCGAGCUGAGCGAGCCGCUGCGCGAGGAGAUCAUUAACUUCACGUGCAGGGGCCUGGUGGCCCACAUGCCGCUGUUCGCCCACGCGGACCCCAGCUUCGUCACCGCGGUGCUCACGAAGCUGCGUUUCGAGGUCUUCCAGCCGGGGGACUUCGUGGUGCGUGAGGGCUCCGUGGGCAGGAAGAUGUACUUCAUCCAGCACGGGCUGCUCAGCGUCCUGGCACGCGGCGCCCGGGACACCCGCCUCACUGAUGGAUCCUACUUUGGGGAGAUCUGCCUGCUGACCAGAGGUCGGCGCACGGCCAGCGUGCGGGCGGACACCUACUGCCGCCUCUACUCGCUCAGCGUGGACCACUUCAACGCGGUGCUCGAGGAGUUCCCCAUGAUGCGCCGGGCUUUCGAGACCGUGGCCAUGGACAGGCUGCGCCGCAUUGGCAAGAAGAAUUCCAUACUGCAGCGGAAGCGCUCUGAGCCCAGUCCAGGCAGCGGCGGUGGCGUCAUGGAGCAGCAUCUGGUGCAACACGACAGGGACAUGGCCAGGGGUGUCCGAGGCCUGGCUCCGGGCACAGGAGCUCGGCUUAGCGGAAAGCCAGUGCUGUGGGAGCCACUGGUGCACGCGCCCCUGCAGGCCGCUGCCGUGACCUCCAGCGUGGCCAUUGCCCUCACCCACCAGCGAAGCCCCUUGCCUCUGUCCCCUGACUCUCCGGCCACCCUUCUUGUCCGUUCUGCUCGGCGAUCAGCGGGCUCCCCAGCCUCUCCACUGGUGCCUGUCCGAGCUGGUCCUCUGCUGGCCCGGGGACCCUGGGCAUCGACCUCCCGCCUGCCCGUCCCACCUGCCCGAACCCUCCAUGCCAGCCUGUCCCGAACAGGGCGUUCCCAGGUGUCACUACUGGGCCCUCCCCCGGGAGGCGGCCCACGGAGACUAGGACCUCGGGGUCGCCCGCUCUCGGCCUCUCAACCCUCACUGCCCCAGAGGGCAACAGGCGAUGGCUCUCCCGGGCGCAAGGGGUCUGGAAGCGAGCGCCUGCCCACCUCGGGGCUGCUGGCUAAGCCUCCAGCCACAGCCCAGCCCCCCAGGCCAUCGAUGCCCGAGCCGGCCACUCCCCGGGGCCCCCAGCUCUCUGCCAACAUGUGACAUCCUUGGCUACACUGGCUUUAGCUCUUGGUUAUAAUAGUGUAAGCCUGAGAACAGAUGUCCCCUGGGGGGAGCCGAGGGGAUCUGAAUCAGUGCCACCUUCCGCCAUGUUCUCUGUGCGCUCAGCUGGCGCAGCCGUAGUCGGGCUAGCCCUGGUCCACCCACCCAUUCGCCGUACGUACCCAGUGCCUACCAUCUUCAAGGUACCGUGCCAGGGGCUGUAUGUCUCCACUGCCACGUAGAAGUGACUCAAAGCCCUCUGACAAGUGUAUCCUGCCAGGCGCCGGUCUGGGCCUAGUCUCCUGCCGCCUUUUCUAAGCACAAGUACUUGCCACCACCAUCACUGCCAGCUAAUGAGAUGGCCAUCCGUCGGUGGCCCCGCAGGUCCUGCCCAGAGCGUUUUAUCUGCCUGUCUCCUUAGUGUAGCUGGGCAUUGUCAGUUAUUUGUGCCCCCCCCCCCGCCAGUGUCUGCCAACAAAUGUCUCAGGCUCUAAGUGUAGACAUCUACUUCUCCCCUUACUGCCAUCUGUGGACCCUCCCUAUCUAUAUUAAGCAGGAACACACAUCUUCUGCCAAGUCCCCUGCAAUCUCUGUGUGGUAAAACCAACCGUCUCUGUAAACUGGGAGCUGCCUUUCUGCUGUGCCCUGUGUCCUAAGGUUCCUUAUUUAUUGAGCCAGCUAGAUCCACACGCCCCUCUCUCCAGCCAGGUCAGACAGCAAGUGGCCAUGAUUCCUGUGACCUUUUUCUGUUGCCCUCUUUAUUUAUUCAGUCUUAGUCAUUAAUUUUAUUCACUUGCUAGUUUGAUUUAUUCUUUUUGUUGUUGUUGACUCAUUCCUUUAUCUGUCCUUCCUCACUCCAGGUAGGGAGACAGGAGGAGCAGGGGGAGGCAGGGCCCUCCCCUGCCAGCUCUGGGAUCCUUACACAAUGCCAUCAGCAGCAAUACUCAAAAAUCUCUCCCUCUGUGGGUAGUGGCAAGAGGGGCUGCGUGGAAGGGAGAGGAGGUCUGUGUCUGCUGUUGGGGAGGGCCUGGGGUACUCAAACCUAGGGGAGGGUUGGCCAGCCAGCCCCUCUGUCUUCUCAGGGACAAGAGUAGUCCACGACCCACCCACUCUGUCCCUUCUGACACUGCAGCAUUUAAGUGUGGAGUCAGGACCCUAAACCUGCUUUUCUCCUGGGUGAGGAGUUACAGGGCUCUUGGCAUGUGGGAGUUGUUUUUAUAAUUGCUCCUGAAUGGUUGGAUUAAAAAAAGAAAGAAAGAAAAAAAAG